AAACCAUUCUAUGAUUCUGUGCUUAGGCCUGUGUAUGAAAAAUGUUUUCUGAAAAACUGUAAUAAACCUGUUAGUGUAGAUCCAGGUAUUUUUUUAAAUACAACUCACUGUUUUAAAAAUAAUAUUCUUUUCAGCUGUAUAUAUUUGAACUUAGUAAGAGUUAGAAAAACUUCAAUGUGGGUCAUCCUUCUGGAGGAGAAACAAUGAUAUAAUCUGGAAAAAAUAGCACUGACCAUGAGAAGCAGCAGUCAAGAUAAGAAUUUCAAUUGUAAUGUAGGUCAAUAGGAUAGCAAAUAAGAUCACAUGUUCCUUUUGAACUGGGAUAGGAGCUUGUAAUUUGACCAGCAUAGGGCUGCCAUGAGACAAGGCAGAGUAGGGCUGCUGUACCUGAGCUCAUUACGUAGCUGUUGUUCUCAGCUGCAGCCUCACCGAGGAGACCAGUCGUUGUGUAAGGUUUUCCCUGGAAGUUUGUGUUCUGAACUGAAAGUGACAACUUGGUGUCAGCUGCACAGUUUCCCGAAUCUCUUAUGGCUGAAACACUUGAAAUGUUUAUGCAUUACUCUCAUACUAAUGCUAUGUCAGGAGCUUCAUUUCCCCUUCUAGGUAACAUCUGCACUGCGCUGGAUAAGCCCCUGUCACACAGUUUUCUCGAGCCAAGCAGACAGACUGACAUAUUCCUCUAAGCUGCAGUGAGCAGGAGUUUGGCCUGUUAUUCCCCUACAAAGCCCUGUCCCCGUACCACUGGACAGGCUCCUGGUGGUUAGCAGUGGGUCGCACACAAUGAGUUCUACCUCUGCCCUCUCCAGUGCCUGUCAUGUGUAUUGCACAGUGGCUCUUCGGGGUCUUCCUGGGCUCCUUUCCCUUUGAGGUGCUUUCAUGGCUUUGAGAAGGGAGAAAGCUAUUGCUUCUCCUUCGGGUUAUCAGAAAUGUAGGCAUGUUUGCUUGGUCACUGUGGCUACAAGUACUGGUGAUGUCAGCAUUUUGCAGUGUCUUGAGCAGUCUAAAGGUAACAGAAGUGGUGAUGAAGCUGUGACUCAAAGUAGGGCCUCAGGGGCAUUAAAAGUUUGUUAAAUUUGGAAGCACAGCGUUUGGCUCUGCUCGGUGAAGCUGUCAGGUAUGGCCCCUCAGUUCCUCCAGCAGCAGCUGGGCAAGCAGAUGCAGACAAACCAGCAGCCCCAGGUCUGGUCCCAGCACCAGGCCCCAGAGUGCUCACGGUCGCACCCGUGCACAAUCCUCAUCUGUGCCGUCAUACUUCUUCAGCUUGCAGUCAUUGCUGCUCUUUAUGCUAUGUCUUGUUUGCAACUCUGUUUUAACUCGAUUUGCUUUUCCUUCCAGGAUUAAUUUUUCUCUGUCUCUAUUUACAUGGUGAUAAGAAGUGUUAAUCCCACUCCGUCAGUCUGGACUGAUGAAUCUGAGGAGUAGAGCAGAGCCCUGCGUUGUGUAAACGAACUGAUGGAUGAAGAUGAGAAGGACAGGGCAAAGAGGGCAUCACGCAACAAAUCUGAAAAGAAGAGGAGAGACCAGUUCAAUGUCCUCAUUAAAGAGCUCUGCACAAUGCUGCAGGGACACGGCCACCCUCUCAAGAUGGACAAAUCCACCAUACUGCAGAGGACCAUCGACUUCUUACAGAAACAGAAAGAAAUCACAGCACAGACAGAAGCCUGUGAGAUUAGACAAGACUGGAAGCCUUCAUUUCUUAGCAACGAGGAGUUCACCCAGUUGAUGUUAGAGGCAUUAGAUGGCUUCCUCAUCGCUCUUACCACCGAUGGGAUUAUUAUUUAUGUAUCUGAUAGUGUCUCAUCUCUGCUUGGGCACUUACCGUCAGAUUUGGUGGACCAAAAUAUAUUAAACUUUCUGCCUGAGCGGGAGCAGAGCGAGGUGUACAAGCUCCUUUCUCCACAUGUGCUCAUGACAGAGCCCGUUGCAGCUGAUUUUCUAAACGUGGAAAAGCAAGUAGAGUUUUGCUGCCAUUUAGCGAGAGGCAGCUUAGAUCCAAAUGAACCUCUGACAUACGAAUAUGUGAAAUUUGUAGUGGAUUUUAAAUAUUUUACUCAUGUGCCUACACCCUCCUGUAAUGGCUUUGAGUCAGCUAUUGCACGAGCUUUCAGGUCAGCCACAGAGGAGCAGAUUUGCCUCGUAGCGACAGUUCGUCUCGUCACACCACAGUUCUUAAAGGAGCUCUGCAAUGUUGAAGAGCCAUGUGAAGAAUUUACAUCGAGGCAUAGUUUGGAGUGGAAGUUUUUAUUCUUGGACCACAGGGCUCCUCCUAUUAUAGGAUACUUACCCUUUGAGGUGCUGGGAACGUCAGGGUAUGACUACUACCACGCAGAUGACCUGGAGCUUCUCGCUAGGUGCCAUGAACACUUGAUGCAAUUUGGAAAAGGCAAGUCAUGUUACUACCGGUUCCUGACCAAGGGCCAGCAGUGGAUCUGGCUGCAGACACACUACUACAUCACCUACCACCAGUGGAAUUCCAAGCCUGAGUUCAUCGUGUGCACUCACCUGGUAGUUAGUUAUGCAGAAGUCCGAGCUGAAAAAAGGCGAGAUCUUGGCCUUGAAGAGUCAUCAAUUGAACUGGCAUCCUCUUCUGUAAAGAGCCACGGCAGCUACCUAGAGGUGGGCCGCUGCGGCAGCAGCCAAGAUGCCAGCCGGGAGGGAAUGUCGCUGUCGUCCCACAGCUCCCGCCGCUCCUCUCACACCGCGCUCUCCGACACUGCCUCCACCUCGUCCAUGCGACACACCGACACCAGCACUUCCACCCGGCCGGCGGUGCCAGAGAAGGCAGCCCUGCGGCUGGCGGCGGCUGGAAGCGCUCAGGCCAUAGCAACGCCUCCAGCCACGGGUGAACACCUCCCUCAGCAGCCGGCGGUCCCCUCCCAGCAGGCUGUGCUGCCCGUGUACCACUUCCCAGCCCCCCUGGGCAUGAUGCACCAGCUGAAGGAGCAGCUGGAGGAGAGGACACGCAUUCUGCAAGCUGACAUCAAAACGCAGCAGGAAGAGCUGCACGUCAUCAAGGAGCAGCUCCAGCUGGUGCAGGACUCCAACCUGCAGAUGCUGAUGCAGCAGCCGAUCCCACUGGUCUUCAACAACGCACAGCGUCAGAGCCCACGGAGAGCCCCGCCGCCAUCCCGGCAGCCCGGCGCCAAGAAGGCCCCGCAGCCGGGCCCCAUGGCCAAGCACUACGGGGGUGCCCCUGUGUCCACCCCGCGCCUGUUCCUCAGAGAGCCCUGCAGCACUCCCUCCCAGGUACCGCAGCAGCAGCAGCACCUAAUGCGAGGAAACCAAACCCAGCCAACGUGUCUGCCAGGGCAGGCGAGCAUUUCAGUGCCCCUCUACAACAACCCCACGGUGUUUUCGCAAGCGCAUCCCAUUACAGUGGCUGCACAGCUGCCAACUGAUGUUAGUGAAAGGCAGAUGCAGUCUGACUACAGCCAGGACAGGAGCCUCAGGAUGCUGCUGGACCAGUCCAUCCAGGCCAUGGUGCCCGCCGCCAAUGGCAGCGCCCAGCCCACGCCGAGCAGCGCCAGCAGGCAGCCAGGGAAAUUCGUGGCAGAGCAGCAGCCCUUGCCUCCCGUCACACAGAUGCAGCCCAUCAGUGGCAACACGGUGCGGCCCCCCGCCCCCUCACCUGUGCUCUCCCCAUCCGUGAUGCUCCCCCAUGGCAGCUUCGUGGCCCACCCCGCCAGCACCCCGCUGCACCUCCACCCAUGGCCACAGCAGCAGGUUCAGCAGCACCGUCUCUACCUUCAGAUGCCAGGAGCUGAGGCGGUGCCGGGAGGCCCCAGCCCACGUGUGUUCCAGCCACCCCACCUCCCGCAGCAGAGCCCCCUGAGUUACUUCCUGCACCCGCAGCCGCAGGGCCGCCACGCACAGGGCCAGCCCUGCAACCUGCCUGACCUGCCUGAGAUGCAGCUGCCCUGACCAACCGCCGCUCAGACCAGCGAGACCCCACCUCACACAGUGGGAUCGCCGCGGGGCCCGGCUGGGGUCUCCCGUUGGCAUCACCGCUCAAAAGAGCCCGUGGGCCGCGAGUCUCAGCCAGGCCUGCCCCAGAGGGAGCGCACCGACGAGCUGAGGAAGAGAAGGAUGCUCACCUGGGGCUCCCGCCCACCGGAGCUGCAGACUUGGUGAGAAAGCCGUGCUUGGGGCAGGGGCCGGGAUGCUGCUGCCGGUCGCCGAGCCGUGCCUGCCCUUGCCAGUGCUGGCUGCAGAUCUUUGGCCUGAAGGGGACAGCCGCCCGGCUGCGGGCAGGUUGGCUGAGGUCCCCGUGGGGAUGGCGGCACUGCAGACGAGCCCUGUCCCAUCAGGGCCGCGGUGCUGGAAGUCACUGUGAUGCUGAUCCCAGCACCCGCAGCGCACUGCAGGGCUCCCCUGUACAUAGCUCGUCUCGCUCUCGUAGGUCCGUUGUGGAGUUUUUCCUUAUUUCUAUACCUCAACCCCACCACUUUGUUUUCCAGGAGAUUGGAUAAUGCUGCUAACUUACGUAACACCACUUUUGCCUGAAUUUCUUACUGUUGUUAAACCAGCUCACAUCACAACCAGUAAGAUAUUCCUCAUCUUUUAUUUUGGUUAACAAGUGCAGAGAAAUUUAUAUGGUUUUUACUCCCUGUAGCCAAAUAUUUUUCAGGUUACCUACAAAGAACCUUUACUCUUUCUCCUCUGUCAUUCUGUUCUGAUCCAGGUGGAUGUUGUUGUAUAUGUUUCUUAACAUGAAAACAAACCUACACAGUAGAACACCGUAUGACAGCAAACUAUGGUUUUGCUCGGUCGGAUUUCAGCCUGACAAACCCGGAACGUAUACUCACGAUGACACAGGCCAUGUUACAAGCCUAUAGGGUCAGCAAUAAAUUGUAUUUUUGUAAAUUGCCACUUUUUAAGUAUAUGUUUAUAUUUAUGAAUUGAAAACUAAUCUGCUCCUCAGUGGGUGUAUAGCUGUGUCCCUACUGUUUGUGUCUUUCCAAAGGAAAAAGGAACAGCUACAUUUCUGAGGCGCUGGGGACUGAGCACUAACCGUGGGCACUGCUGGAGCCCAAACACAGAUGAAGGUGUAGGCCAUUGCUUUCAGCUUUGCAAGAAGGUGGGGAGGAAAACGUGGAGACGCAGAGGCACACACUUACACCAAGGAUACACUAUUGUACACAGUUUAUGUCUCAGUGUUGCUGCUGGGAGAAGGUUGCAGCAUGGUGGCUGCUCUGCACGUCCCCCCCAACAUGCCAGCCCUGUGUGGCUGGGCUCUUGUGAGCGGGGCUUGACAUGAAGGGGGUUCACCGCCUUGCAAGGAGAGGGGCUGGGGGCGGUGGGUGUGCAGGAUGGGGCUGUGCCUCUCCACAGCCCUCCUGGUGGCACUGGGCUGCAUGGUGUUGGGGAGGGCUGUGGGGUGGCACGCCUGUCCGUCGCUCACAGCCUCGCAGCAGGGAGCAGGGGAGGUUUGCAAGGAUGUUUACACGUCAGAUUGGCCUUGCUGAAACAAGAAAUCUAAAACAUGCACUUUAUCACACCCCCUUUAUUUCCAGCACCCACCCCAGCCGCUAGCACAGCCGCUCGUGGGCCUGGGCCACCUGGGCAGAGCCGUGUGUGCCGUGGGCCAAAAUCCCAGAGCCUCUGUUCAGCCUGCAUCCGACCGGGCACGGCAGGCUCAGGGCCGUGGGAUUUUUGCCUUAGUUAUCACUCACACUCAAAGAAUUGAUGACUAAAUGAAUCUUCUUAUUCAGGUGAAUUCCUGUUCAUUUACCUCGGUGAUAGCUACGACCUGUGUUUUUGAGAUCCCUUUGGAAUUGAGGGUUGCUGGUGGGUUUGGUUCCCCCCUGGGUGCUGAUGAGAGAACAGAAGUGUGAGCAGUGCUGCCUGCACCACGGGUUGGGCUCCAGCACCAGCGCUCAGUGACAUCCUGAGGCUUUCUAGCACACGAGCACCCAUGUGCUACUCUCUCUCCCUUCAUAUAUAGAUAUACAGGUGUGUGUGUUUGUAAUAUACAUAUAUAUGUAUGUAUGUGUGUAUCUCUAUCUACAGGCCACACAAUUCCAGACCUCUGAAAACACAGGCAGCUUUAAUUAAUAAAGUCUUGCACUUUUAGCAUAUUUGUACAUAUAAGCUAAAGCCUGGUGGGUACAAUCAGGCUGGUUUGACAAACACAGCGAAAAAUUGACUGUAUAUAUUGUAACAUACUCUGUGUAAAAGAAGAAAAAUCUUAGAAGUGACUAUAAAUCUUGGUUUAUUUUAUAUGAUGUCAAAUAUAGAUACAUUUAUAAAUGUUAUUAUUCUUAAAAGUAUUUUGUAAUGGGAAAAAGAAAGUGUCUUAUGAAGAUGAAGAGUAAAGAUUUUAUUCUUGUCUUGAAUCUAUGUCGCUGCACAGCUCCGUUGGAUGGGAACCUGUGCAUUUUGAGAAGCUUUAAACAGAUUAUACAUGGUAUUUUCAAAAAAAAA